UCUCCCUACUCUACGCUCCUCUCCUCCCCCUCUCCUUCUCCCUCUCCUCCUCCUUCCUCCCUCCUUCUCUCUCUUCUCCUCCUCUCCCUACUCCCUACUCCCUCUCCUCAUCCACGCUAAUCCCCCUCCUUUCCCCCCUCCAAUGUUUAAAAAUAAAAAAUAAACAUUGUUUAUUUGAAUGAAUUAAAUUGUAUAUUUUUUAGGCCCUGCGAUGGACUGGCGAGCUGUCCAGGGUGUCUCUGCCUUCGCCAUGAGUCGGCUGGGAGAGGCUCCAGCCGAUCAAGCAGAGUGUAGAAGAUGGAUGGAUGGAUGGAUGGAUGGAUGGAUGGAUGGAUGGAUGGAUGGAUGGAUGGAUGGAUGUUGUGUGGUUCCAACUGAACUCUGUCCUUGCCAGUGGGACUCGGGUCAGGGUGCCUUUCAGAGGUGUGGGUGGAUCUGGGGGGGAUAAACACCCUCACAGUGAAGCUCCGCUCUGGCUAAAGGUGAGAAGGAUGCAGACAGCAUGUCAUGGAGAAGUAACAUGUGUGUCUGCAUCCCAUCCUGGACCCACAGUGGAGUUCCACAGUGACAAGGACCAGAGUUCAGGGGAAUCACACUGGGAGGGGGGAGGAAGAUUUCACGGGCCGCCGCACAAUGGUGGCCCGUGACAAGGUAAGUUUUAGGUUUACGUUUGAUAUUUAUCAUACAAGAAGUUUUUAAAUCUCCAAACAGGAGGUGAUACAUUUUCUGCAAGAUUCUCACACGUUUUCCUGUUGUUGUUUUUUUCAGCCCCAGCUUCUGAUGGCCCCAGGACUCAAAACUGAAAGAAGGACAAGAAGAAGACCCAAAGAUGAGACCCAGCUCCAGCAGACCCGUGAAGACGAGGAACCGACCCACCAGAGACGACCCUAGAGAGGCCAACCAGCCUGCAAUGAGAUGACGGGACAACUUCAUAAGGAGCAGAAUGCACUGCUGCUUCCUGGUCACCAAAUGAUUCCAACAGGGAUGGAUCAUCGAGGAGAAAUAAGCCAUUUUGAAGAAAAGAUGAUGGGAAACAUGUCCAGGACCAGUGCAUGAGACGUGAGACCAUUCAACUAAUACAAGAGCUCUCUCUCCAAGACACCCGCUAAAAUGUAGGAUCAGAUCAAGACAAGAAACUGGAUAAGGAGCAGCCCCAGCAUUUGAACUCAGACUAGGGAAGAGGGGAUGCUGCUUAUAGUGACGCAAAAGGAGGAAGUCGGAGUACAAAGAGAAAACCCCACACAGUCACAGAGACAACAUGGACGGAAAGAACCAGACGACCAGCAGAAGACAAAGAAACAGUUCGAGGAGCCUCAGGACGAUCGACAACAGAAGAAACGUGUCCGAGAACAGGAAGAAGAUGACCAACAGCAUCAAACAGAGAAGAAGAAGAAGAAACAGACCCCGGAAGAAGAAGAAAAAGAAGAAGAAGAGAAGCUCCAGAUUACUCCAAAGGUAUCUCUGGAUGUGGAGCUACGCAUUUAGAUCUGCUGUUCAUGUUCUCUCCCUCCUCUGUACCCUCAUCCCAAAUGGAGGUUUUUUUUCAACUUCCCGGCAACGGGAAGUUUUUUUCCUCCAUAAUGCUACCAAAUGUUGAUCUGAUCAAACAGCAAUAAGAGAACCUUCAAUAAAAAGUCAAAACAAAAGACAUGUAUCUGUUUGUUUAGAAGUUUGACAUUAUAGACCCUUCCUGUAAUUUUAGGUUUUAAAGAACUUUAUUCUAUGAUUAGAAAUUCAUGUUAGUCUAAAAAAAAACAUCUGUUUUCAAACCACUGGUUUCUCAUACACACCUGUGACUUCUUCAAAAACACACUAGAUAAUGACAUAAGAAAAUGAAAAUAAUAAAGCACCUCAAAUCACAAAUAGAAAAUAUGAAGUAAAAUACAUCCAAAUCAGAGACACAUCAUCCACGACUACAUGUCACCUCCUCAAUAUGUUGUUUUCACUGAAGUCCAGAGGUUGAACAGGUGCAGCAGCUUCUGACCUCUGUGGACUGAGCUGAAAUCAGUUCCAGGGCAACAAAAAUCAGAUUAUUUUAAAGCACUGAUGGUUUCCUCCUGUUACUCUCUGCUCUGUCUGUUUCAUCUUGGAUUCUAAACAAUCCCAUGGACUUUAAUACGUUGCUAUGGUAAAUACACAUUUGCUACUUGAUGGUUAUGGGCAGGGUGGACAUUUUGUAAAGGUGGCUGCAAACAUUCUGCAGGGUUAUUCAUUAUUGGUGCAUAAUUCCAAGAAAGUCAUUCACAACUGAAGCUAUUUCUGAGGGAUGUUUUUAUCCUGCCAGUUUUUGUCUAAAAUUAAAGCUUACAUUUAGAUGAUAUUUUGAUGGGAGGGAUUCAUCUAAUAAUUUUGGUCAUUCCACCAGGUGAAUAUUGUGUGUAAUUUAAACUAAAAUCUCUGCAUCAACUGAUUGAAAACUAAAAUCAAAUUGACAUAACUUAAUGAAAUUAGCUUGAU